UGCGUUUUAUCUCACCGAAACACACACUCGAGUUCUGUCAACACACGUGUGCUGCAGCAUCACACCACCACUAUGGCUUCUAACAUCCGCUGCUGCUUGUUGGACACGCACAGGAGUGUGACACGUUUCGGAAAACUGUGGGCUGAACGCGUUAAUGCAAAUAUUCCGCGACUUUACUCAAGUGCAACGCAUGUGAAAAAUGAACUUCAACUUGGGAAUCCCACUUUGGCUCCACCAGAUUUAAGCGCAUCCGCGAAAACCAGGACAAGACAGGAGAGGAUGAGAGACCACAACCUUCCCUUGUCUUCUUUCUUGACGGACAACUUUGGCCGGACACACAAUUACUUGCGCAUCUCCCUGACUGAGAAAUGCAACCUGCGCUGUCAGUAUUGUAUGCCAGAGGAGGGUGUGAAGCUGACACCACGAGGCCAACUACUGUCCACUUCAGAGGUACUGACCCUAGCACGCCUCUUUGUCAAGGAGGGCGUGGAGAAGAUCCGCCUCACUGGAGGAGAACCGCUUAUCAGACCUGAUGUGGUGGAUAUCAUUGCGGAGUUGAGGAAGUUGGAGGGUCUGAAGACCAUUGCGGUGACGACAAACGGCAUGAACCUGGCCAGACUUCUGCCUCAACUAAAAGAUGCAGGCCUUGAUCUGGUCAACAUAAGUCUGGAUUCACUGAUACCUGCCAAGUUUGAGUUCAUUGUCAGGCGAAAAGGAUUCCACAAGGUCAUGGAAGGCAUUGACAAGGCCAUUGAAAUGGGCUACAACCCAGUCAAGGUCAACUGUGUGGUCAUACGAGGCCUCAAUGAAGAUGAGCUGCUUGAUUUUGUCGCUCUGACAGAGAAGAAGCCCGUGGAAGUACGCUUCAUUGAGUACAUGCCAUUUGAUGGCAACAAAUGGAACUUCAAGAAGAUGGUGAGCUACCAGGAGAUGUUGGAUCACAUCAGGCAGCAGUGGCCUGCCCUAGAAAGGCUCCAGGCUGGACACACAGACACAGCCAAGACAUUCAAAGUGCCGGGCUUCAAAGGUCAGGUGGGCUUCAUCACCUCCAUGUCUGAUCAUUUCUGUGGCUCAUGUAACCGCUUGCGCAUCACUGCAGACGGCAACCUCAAGGUGUGUUUGUUUGGUAACUCUGAGGUGUCCCUCCGAGAUGUGUUGCGCUCAGGAGCGUCUGAUGAAGAGCUGCUGCAAAUCAUCGGAGCUGUGGUGGGGAGGAAGAAGAAGCAACAUGCAGGCAUGUUCAACAUUUCCCAAAUGAAAAACAGACCUAUGAUCCUCAUCGGUAGAAAGACAGUCCUGAACCUUUUGUGCCUUCUAGACUCCACUGCUUCAGCACAGGCAGCACGCAGCUGCUCUACAUACUUAGUGUGUAGAAGCUCCUACCUUAAUGAAAAGAAAGAAAACCCACAUGAGACAGAGCACUUUAUCAAUGCAGGAGGGUACUUGUAUGAAUUUGGUGGUGAUCCAAUUGUCCCCGUUAAUUACGCAAGCACUGUGAGUUACACCACCCAAACUAAUGAUAGUAUUAGGUGCUUACACACUUUAAAGAAACGAUUAGAAUUGAAGGCCAAAGUAAACUGUACACAACACAGUGUGAGACACCAUCAUCACGACAUUUCCAGCCAAGACCCCAAUCUCAAAAUCUCACAAUCUGCAAGUGAUGCCAGCAGCCCUCACCGGGAUGGUACCCCAGAACCCCAGCUGACGCACACAGACGCGCAAGGCCGAGCAAGCAUGGUAGAUGUUGGCUGUAAAGUCCCCACACGUCGAGUGGCCACGGCCCACGCCACCAUCCUUUUGGGCCCCAUUGCGUUUGGACUACUGCAGGACAACCAGCUGGGUAAAGGUGACGCUCUGACGGUGGCCCAGUUGGCCGGCAUCAUGGGCUCUAAACAGACCUCAACUCUCAUCCCACUCUGCCACCCGCUCCCGUUAGAGCACACCUCGGUCAUCCUGGAUCUGGAUGAGCUGCGGAACGCUGUGGUCAUCACGGCAACGUGUCGCACCACCAGCAGGACAGGAGUUGAGAUGGAGGCUUUAACUGCCGUUUCUGUCGCAGCGCUGACUAUUUAUGACAUGUGCAAGGCUGUCAGUCAUGACAUCACCAUUACUGAUAUAAAACUGCUCAGUAAGACUGGGGGGAAGAAGGCCUUUCAUCGCCCUGAACCUUGAAUUAAAGAAUUGCAUAAUAUAGCAGUACUCAUUUUUCUCUGUACCUGAGCAAGACCCCACACAAGACUCAAAUGAUGCAAGUGUCCUUUUUGCAGCUUGCAGACACAUUUUAACUUAAUAGAUUUUAAACAUCCAAAGCAAGAUGCUGCAGUCAGUCAUGUUACAGGUCUUUGUCAGCUUUUCUCACUUAAUCUAUGAUCUCUCUGCAGGAACUUCACAGUUCCAACAUUUUAUACUUCUAAAACCCACACCUUCAUGUAAAAUGUGCUAUUAAAUUUAAGAAUGAGGUCGCCUGUUCCUUCAGUUGUUUCUCAUGCUGUUGAAAAAGUGUUUACUUUUAAAUGGAAUUUCUUUGCAAUUAAAAAAACCUUUACAUAUGUGACAAGAAUAAAGCAAGAGGAGAGUGUUCUGUUCAAGAGACAAACAAACUCAUUAGCCGCAUUAUUAGAUACAGCUGCAAAAUCGAAUGCGCAAUGUGCAGCACAAAUACAAGAGCUGUAUCAAAUGAUCUGCUUUGGUAAAAUUAAUACAUAUGUUGGUGUUUUGCAGUGGUGUAGAACUGCGCUAUGUCAUACUGAGAGUUGGUUCAAAUAUUUUGGUCAGCUUUUUUAGGUACAUGGAAAAUAAUAAAUAUGAGGAAAAAACCCUGAUGAUUUAGUUCUGUAUGUCAAUAAACGCUGAAACUGGUGUAUUGACAUGACGACAAUCUGGGGUCCCGCUCAGGAUUCUUCAACUUUAAUUGUGGACUUGGACGUGCACACAUGGUGAAUUACUUAAGCACACAAAGUGGUGGGUGGUGCAUUUGGUACUUAAUCCCCCUCUUAAUACCAGCAUUAUCACUUCACCUUUACACAAUCAUCAGUAAUAAACACAGCACAAUACAACACUGUGACAUUACAAAGAGGCAUUUCGUGUAUUGGGGAUGAAUACUAUAAUUGAAACAUGAAACCCACUUAACCUUUCGGGAUUAUCGGGAUUUAUAUUUCUACAUUUGGCACAGGACCAAAUUUAACAAGCGUCAGACAAUUCCUAACCUCUACACUACAACAUUAUCUGGAGCAGUAAUCAAUAUCUAUCUAAUAACGUGACAAAAAGAUCAAUGUACUCACCGGAGAUGCUGAUUAUUUAGAGCCUAAAUCCAUCCUCCUCUCCUGAUUGCUACUGAUUAUUUGUCCAACAGUUUGGCUCUGAUCGACCAAUCAGAGGACGCUGAUGUCACUGUGGACUGGCCUUGUGAGAUGAUUCGCAGCUCUGAUUGAGCUAAAAAAUAAAAACAUUUAAAAAAAGCAUCAUUGCCAAUAGUGUGUAUGUGACAUGGGCCUGCACUCCUGAGUCUGGUCAGAUUACAUUGACAUGGCAACACAUAAAAGCUUAAAUCUGAUUGGACAAAAACAUCUAACAUACACCACUGAAAACAGUGCAGCUAUGAGACGUGCUACAAAAUGAAAAUAAUUGGCUGUUGGGGAUAAAUGAAUAUAAUGGAACAAAUACUAGAAUUUAAGUUGUAAAUGUUGGUCAGUGCUUCUGAUAGUGUUUAGGCCAGCAGAGAAGGCUUUGAUGGCCCUGACUGUACACCACAGAGCACACAGGUGUCCAAAG